AAUCAUAAUUUUCUCAUCACCUUUCUAGACCUUUCUGUAUCUAUAUUUUAAAAAUUAUAUAUACAUAUAAUUUGCUCUCUUUCUCCUUAAAAUAUUUAUUCAUCGAUUCUCCAAAUCAGUUUUAAUUUCUGGGUUUUGAAUCUCAAGCUAUUCUCUCAUUCAUAAGAUUUAAGGUGUUCUCCUUUUUUCUCUGAAAAAAUGGGGAAAAGGAAGUCGAGGGCAAAGCCACCACCUAAGAAGAGAAUGGACAAGCUUGAUACUGUUUUCAGUUGUCCCUUUUGCAACCAUGGAACCGGUGUUGAAUGCCGCUUGGAUAUGAAGAACUUGAUUGGUGAAGCAAUUUGUAGGAUUUGUCAAGAAAGCUUUUGCACCACCAUUACAGCUUUGACAGAACCUAUAGACAUAUACAGUGAAUGGAUCGAUGAAUGUGAAAAGGUCAACAACUUUGAAGACCACGAUGCUUAGGAAACAUUGAGUGCCUAUGUUUUUGCUACACUGUUGGAAGAAAAGUCCAUGAAACCAAAAGAAAAGAUCUUUUUAAUGGAAUGGAUAUACUUGAAUCCGACUUCAUGGUUAUUAUUUUCUGAUGAAACUGUUGAAGUUGAAUGUACAAUGCAAUGUUUUCCUGCUAGUUCCUUGACAAAUCUAAUUGGAGAUCAAGACGAGAACAUUUGUGUAGUGUUAGAUCUUUUUCCUUUUCUUUUAGGUACAAAGAUGGCAGCUGCACUUGUCACUAAAUCCAUCCACCCCAUCAACACAUAUGUAUUUUAUAUUUAAAUUUCAAACUCAUUAAGCAUGAAAAGUCCCCAAGUAAUUUGCAAUGCAGCUUGUCAAUUCAAAUCCUAUAA